AAUAAUAAUCAGGGUCACUGGAUUACAUGAUUAAACAAUCAUCAUAGAAGGAAUAACUGAACAACUGAGAUCAGAUGUUUACUGCAUUAAACACAGCUGAUUGUUGCUGUUUUCCUCCAGCUGUACUGCUGCUGCUGCUGCUGCUGAUGAUGAUGAAGAUGAUGCGUAUGACAUCAGGUACUGAGGUUUAUUUCAGCUCUGUGUCUUAAAGCAGCAGUAAAGAGUUUGUGGAAUAAAUCCUCAGGUGCAGAAUCAGCUUCUGUUCCCAGCAGGAGCUCCAGGACUGAUGUUACUGAUGGAAUGAGCUGCUGCUUCUGCUGGAGAAAAAAGAAACCUGCUCCUGAUAUUUCAGUUAAAUAAACUAUCAGCAUGUACACAGAUCAGCCAUAACAUUAUGACAACCUGUGUCAGUCUCCCUUUUGCUGCUAAAACAGCCCUGACCCGUCCUGCACUGUGUAUUCUGACCCCUUUCUAUCAGAACCAGCAUUAACUUCUUCAGCAGUUUGAGCAACAGUAGCUCGUCUGUUGGAUCGGAUCACACGGGCCAGUCUUCUCUCCCCACGUGCAUCAAUGAGUCUUGACCGCCCAUGACCCUGUCUCCGGUUCACCACUGUUCCUUCCUUGGACCACUUUUGAUAGAUACUGACCACUGCAGACCGGGAACACCCCACAAGAGCUGCAGUUUUGGAGAUGCUCUGAUCCAGUGGUCUAGCCAUCACUAUUUGGUCCUUUGGUCAAACUCACUCAAAUCCUUACACUUGUCCAUUUUCCUGCUUCUAACACAUCUCAUGUUUUAGUGUACUAGCUCCUGCUUUACUCUGCACUCAGACCACAUUUAAAUGAGGUCUUUCUCAUUUCUAUGUAAAUUGGUCAUGCUGCUUUAAAGCGUCACUUCAAUCCAAGGUUUUGGUUUAUUCUUCAGACCAAAUGUACGGUGUGUGUGUGGACAGAGAUUCAGAGAUUGUUGGUGUUUUAUCAAGGAUCUGUUUUAUUAAAGCAGAAUUUUAUAGCUGGACUUUCUGAACACACUGGACUGUCUGAAGACUGGGAAAUACGGAGUGAUUGACUUUACCGAGGAGGAGAAGGUAAACACACGGAAGGUUGUAAUUAGCUAACGAGUUGUUAAUAACCAGCAUUGUGCAUUCCAAUUCUGCCGUGUGAAGUUCCUGAUCCACUGGAGCUCCUCGGAAUCCUGGAAUAUGAAAUCCAGCAGUCUGGUCAUUCAACUUCUUAAUACAUGGCAGAGGUCGUCAAGAAAUGAUCAUGAAAUGAGUUGGAUCCCGAAAGUCAUAAAGAAGCGAGUGUGUACGACAUUUGUGGAGGAUCCCGGCAGUAAUGGGGAUCAGUGUCAGUGUGGUGGUGCUCGUGGUCUUCAUGGUUCUGUAGCUACAGGUGAUUAUUUUGGUUCUGCUAUCGUGACUCAGUGGGACUCGUCCAAACACACGUCUGAGUGUCCGACUGAUGCGUUCGGGGAGCUGAAGUUUGCUGGCAUCUCUCGCAGACACAGUCAUUUCCUGCGUCUGUCCUGUGACACUCCCUCCUCCAUCGUCUACGCCAUCCUGACUCAGCACUGGGGUCUGCCGGCUCCCAACCUGGUGGUGUCCAUGGUGGGCGGAGCCGGCCAGGAGAAGGUCAAGAGCUGGGUCCGAGAUGUGGUGAGACAGGGGCUGGUGCGCGCCGCACAGAGCACAGGUGCCUGGAUCAUGACAGGUGGGCUGAGCGAGGGCGUGGGUCGCUGUGUCGGCGAGGCAGUGAGGGAUCAUGGGACUGCGGCCGCAUCCCAAUCCAAAGUGGUAGCUCUGGGUGUGGCCCCGUGGGGACUGGUGAACAACCGGCAACAACUCAUCAAUGCAGAGGGCAGCUUCCCAGCCAGGUAUUAUGUGCAGAACACGUCUCAGGACUCAUGUUAUCUGGACAGUAAUUAUCAGGCCUUCCUCCUGGUGGACGAUGGAAGCUCUAACCGCCGAGGAGGAGAGAUGAGCUUCAUCACCAACCUGGAGAAAUUCAUCUCCCAUCAGCGCACUGGGAUAUGGGGCAGCGGCAAUAUCGAGAUCCCCGUGUUGUGUAUGCUGAUCUCUGGGGAUGUGACUGUGCUGAAGAGGAUGGACAUGUCUCUGAAGAAGUCCACUCCCUGGUUGGUGUUGAACGGCUCGGGUCCUGCGGCGGACAUGAUCACAGAGCUGCUGAAUGACCUGAGCCGAGCAGCGUCUCCUGUGGAAGGAGAGGACGGAGACGUCUCCAACUCCGAUCUCAGAGACAAAGUGCGAGAGAUCAUCAAGAGACAUUUCCCCUCUGAGAAAUCACUGGAGAAGCUGGUGGACCAGUCUCUGAGCAUCUAUCAGAAAAGAUCUCUGAUCACAGUGUUCCAUGGAGACCAGGACAGUCCUGAUGAUUUUGAGACGGUCAUCCUGAGAGCCCUGGUGCGAGCCAGUAAGCAGGUGAACAGUAAUUCCAGUGAGUACACAGAGGAGCUGAAGCUGGCUGUGGCCUGGAACAGAGUGGACAUCGCAAAGAGUGAGCUGUUCAAUGGCGACAUUCAGUGGAAGUAUGAUGAUCUGGAGGACUCCAUGACGGACGCUCUGGUGAACAAUAAGCCUCAGUUUGUCCGUCUCUUCACAGAGAAUGGUUUGAACAUUAUUGAGUAUCUGACCUAUGAGCGUUUGGAGUCUCUGUACCAGUCUCUGUCCAGCAGCUCACUGGCUUACACACUGCUGAAGUCGUGGCUGAGGGAGAGACAGCACAUGGUCUACUCUCCGACCGGUUCGCCUGACUUGCCUGAUGAGAACUGCAAGGACCUGAAGAGUCCGGUGAUGGGGCCGUCCAGCACCAGGGGGCUCUGCCUGUUAGAGGUUUCACGGUUAUUAGGGGAGAUUUUCGGAGGCAUGUGCCAGCCGUUUUACUACAUGAUCCUGGGCCUGGAGCCCCGAGCGAGCACCAGGAGAGCAACGAAGCAUGUGAAUAAGAUGCUGCAGGGUGACUGUGCGUAUCGUCAUCAGUCGGUGGCGUUCCCCUGGUCCUCUCUCUUCAUCUGGGCCAUUCUGCAGAACCGCAGUGAGAUGUCCAUUUUUUUCUGGGAGAUGGCGGGUGAGUCUGUAAUGAGCGCGCUCAGUGCAUGUAAGAUUCUCCGAGAGCUGUCCAAGCUGGAAAACGAGACAGAGACCCAACUGUCCAUGAAGGAGCUGGCCCAGAGGUUUGAGAACCUGGCUCAUGACAUGUUUAGCGCCUGCUACCAGAGCAACGAGACUCGCUCCCUCACACUGCUCAUCAGGAUGUCCCCGUUUUGGGGCGGAGCUACCUGUUUACAGAUGGCCACGGCGGCCGAUGCCCGACUUUUCUUCAGCCAUGAUGGUGUGCAGACUCUGCUGGCUCAGAUCUGGUGGGGUGACAUGCACAGCCGUACUGAAGUGUGGAAGCUCAUCACCACCUUCUUCCUGCCUCCUCUCAUCUACACCAACUUCAUCACCUUCAGAGAGGACAUACAUGCAGAUGGUUUGGAGAAAUCACAACCUGCAGCAUUCUCUAUGGCUGAUAUCACACAGCACAUGGAGGAUGACAGUAAGAUGGAGGAUAACAGAGAUGGGGAAAAUCUUGGUCCCGUCUGUUCUCUUACUGACAUCACACACACGGAGGAGGAUCCGGAGGAGAACAUUGCUUUAACCACAGGAUAUAAAGGCAAAGAAGCUCCUGCUGUCCGUAAACACCCAUACAUCAUACACCGUUGGCGUCAGUUCUGGUUCGCGCCCGUUACUUCGUUUCUAGGCAACGUGCUGAUGUACUUUCUCUUCCUCAUCCUCUUCGCCUACAUCCUAUUAGUCGAAUUCAAACCCCCGCCUCCAGAUGGCCCCGCCCACAUUGAAUAUUUGUUGUACUUUUGGGUUUUUACUUUGAGCUGUGAGGAGAUUCGACAGUCGUUCGUCAGCGGCUCAGGGAGUUUUACUAAGAGUAUGAGGUUAUACAUCGAGGACAUGUGGAACAAGUGUGACCUCACAGCCAUCCUCCUCUUCAUCCUCGGGCUCAUCUGCAGGAUGUUCCACUGGUCGUAUGAGUUCGGCCGCUCGGUGCUGUGUGUGGACUUCAUGGUCUUUACUCUUCGACUCAUUCAUAUCUUCGCGGUUAACAAACACCUAGGACCCAAAAUUAUCAUUGUCGGCAAAAUGGUGAAGGAUGUCUUUUUCUUCCUCUUCUUCCUCGGAGUCUGGCUAUUGGCUUAUGGCGUGGCCAAUCAGGCGCUGAUAUACGCCUACGACCCGCGACCUUACUGGGUGAUCCGCAGAGUUUUCUACAGACCGUACCUGCACAUCUUCGGCCAGAUACCACUGGAUGAAAUAGACGCUCAUAAACGUAUACAGAAGGUUUGCACCAACAACGUGACUAUGAUACAGCAGGGAGCUGAACCGUGUCCACAGUCUGAAGCCAACUGGCUCGUCCUCAUCCUGCUGUCCGUCUACCUGCUGGUCACUAACAUCCUGCUGCUUAACCUGCUCAUCGCCAUGUUCAGCUACACAUUCAGUAAAGUACAGGAGCACAGUGAUGUUCACUGGAAGUUCCAGCGCUAUAACCUGAUAGUGGAGUAUCACUCUCGCCCGUGUCUGGCCCCGCCCUUCAUCAUCCUCUCUCACCUGAGACUCUUCAUCAAGAGAACAAUCCGGAAAGUUCCGUCUGUCAAGAUCAAACACUUCAUGUUGGAUAUUCAAGGCAGACAGGCAAGCAGGUUGAACACGUGGGAAGCGGUACAGAAGGAGAAUUUGCUCUCGAUUCAGAGUAAGAAGCUGAGAGACAGCGACACCGAGCGACUCAGACGGACGUCUGCCAAGGUGGACAACAUGCUGAAACAGAUGGCAGAGAUUCGAGAUCAAGACCGCAGAUUGAGAGCGCUGGAGUCUGAGCUGGAAUACUGCUCCAACUCCCUCUCGUGGAUAAUGGAAGAACUGGAGCAGAGUGACCUGAUCAAACACACCCGCCGUGCCCCCCUCCACCGAGACUGAGAGAACUGACGAGUCUCCAAAUCAGAGGAUGAACAUUUACACCAACGUCGAUGAUGAUGAUGAUGAUGAUGAUUCACAGACUCUCUUGCAUUUCAAUGUUUUUUUUAAUAAACACUUCCUGACUGCGUGCCUGUUCACACAUCUGAGUGGAUCACCAGAUUUUUCCUUCUUCUUUAUAUAUAUAUAUAAAAUGUGUGUUAAUUUGUAGAUUGCCGCCGAGUCGGUUAAUGAAAGCGUGAUUAUGGGUGAAAUGUAAAGAUUUUAAUCACUUUAUUGUUUUGAUUUUUUAGGGAAUGUGAUUGAAGGGUCUUAUAUUUAUUCAUUGUUGCAUUUUAUAUAUAUUUUUUUCUAUUAGCUUCUUUUUCAUUUACAAAUAUAAAAAUCAUUUGAUUAUUGCGCCGCAUGUGUCUCUGGUGUGAGUUUAUUCUGUAAUCAGGGUCUUGGCCUUUCCUGGUGCCUUGGCUCGUGACCCCUCCCUGUCGUCUGAAGGGCGAUCAUUCGAUUCCAAGUGGUGGUCUCGCUGGAGCCUUACAUGGGAAGACUGGGGGCCAAAUCAGGCUCAGGUUCUCGUCUUCACUGACCGUGGAUCAGAGACGCUGCUGCUGCUGUUGAGAUCACUGCUUACUUUAAAGAGCAACGCAGGAAUUUGGGUCCAGUGUAACUCAACACAGUGGUUUAUAUUUGAUAAGAUGUUACCCAGGGAUUGAUGAUUGAAUUUCGGUUCUUCUCCAGAACUUUUGUGCUGUUUCUAAACCUCGCUGUCUUUACAUUUUCCAAAUGAUCUAUUUAAAAACGCACACAAUCUUUUUUUUUGUUCAAUCAAAAACUAAAAUUGUUGGUCAGAUGAAUGCAGUUCUUCACCAGUGUGUGUUUUAAUAUGUACUGUUCUGGAAGGUGCAUCAUGGUCAUGAUAAGUGAUAUUAAAAGUCAUUUUUGUUCAUCAUUAAAUUAAAAAUAUUUUUAUUCAAA